AUGGACAAGACCAAAGUCAAAAUCCUCCCCAAGCCGCUGCCGCAGCCGUUGGGCGGUAUCCUGGGGGUGUCGUCGCCGGUGCCGUUAUUGCCUGCCCUGGGAAAACGCAAACUGAGCUCGGCGUUGCCGCCACCACUUACCCCGAUGUUGGCACUGCUGCCCCAACCACCAGCCAAACGCAGCCGAAAGCCACUGAAUCUGGCCCCCAUGGCUCAGCCACAACCGACGCUGCUAGAGGAUAAGCUGGGCAAAGCCUCGGGCCACCGACCCGUCACUCUGUGCACUUUUUGCCGCCAACACAAGAUCAAGUGCAACGCGCUGGAAACCAUGCCCAACCCGUGUCAGCGGUGCGAGAAGAUGGGUUUGAAGUGUGAGAUUGACCCCCAGUUUCGUCCCAAGAAGGGACUGCAGAUCCAGCUGCUCAAGACCGAUGUUGACGAGUUGAAGCUUAAGAUCGAAAUGCUCACCAAAAACGAAACGCUAUUAACGCAAGCGUUACAGCAACACAACGUCAACAUGCUGAUGCAGAUGCCGAUGUAUUCUCAGCCGCUGAUGUCGGCGUUGCUGCCACCGCAGGCGUCGCUACCUUAUGUGGAACUGCUGCCGGCGUUUAACGACCUGAUUGGCCAUAAUAACGGUCCCCAGCUCCACGGAGUGCUACAGGAGGGGCUGGAUAACCUGCCGGCAACCAGUGCCACCCUGGGAGCACCGCUGGACACCCCUCAGAGACAGCUGGCGCCGCAAUACCCCCAGCUCUCGGAGUAUGUCCUUGGCGAGGUAACUUUGACUUCCGAUAAAGCUAACGAGCUUCACGAACUGUUUAUGACCAAGAACCUCCCGUUUUUGCCGAUAUUAUCGCUGCGGCUGGCCAACGAGCUCUACCACAAGCUGCAGCUUCUCUUCUGGGUGGUGAUGCUUACAGCGUCAUUACUGGAGCCAGAGCCUACGCUAUACAUGCUGUUAGCGUCACUUAUCAAACAGCUAGCGAUUGAGACGUGCUGGAUCCGUACACCGAGACUGACACACGUGAUCCAGCUGCUCUUAAUCCUCUCAAUGUGGCCGCUACCAAACGAAAAAGUAUUGGACGACUGCAGUUACCGGUUCAUUGGACUUGCCAAGAACCUAGCGCUUCAGCUUGGUCUCCAUCGUGGCGGUCGUUUCAUCCAGGAGUUUACUCGUACUCAGGUCUCAUUGGGCCCUGAUGCCGACACCUGGCGGACACGGCUGUGGUUGGCGAUCUUCUUUGCCGACCAGUUCUGGCUGCUGGUGCUUGGGCUUCCACCCAGCAUCAAUACCACCGACUACCUUUUGGAGAACGCUAGAGUCGACAAACACCUCCCCAAGGACUUCCGGUGUCUCAUCUCGUUGCUGAUCUUCCAGCUGAAGUUGAUCAACGUGAUGGGGGUGCUGGUGACGAGAGCAGACGGGUUGCUUGAGCCGCUGAAUCGAGCAGCGCUGCUUGCGAUUUUAGACCGAGAACUUGACCGGUUAAAGUUUAAAUUGAACAUCACCGAGGGGCUGGCGAUCGAGAUCUACCACUUAUACAUCAAACUCAUGAUUGCUUGCUUUGCCUUCUUGCCCGGUACUCCUAUCGAGGACCAGGUGCGCUACGUGUCGCUGGCGUACCUACUGGCGACCCGUAUCGUCACGUUAACGCUGAAGAUGAUCCUGACCCAGAUCCUGUUGAUUGAACUUCCCAUUUACGUGCGCCAAGCGCUUGAGUACCUGGUGCUCAUGUUAUUUAAGCUCCACUUGCUGCGGUACUUGAUCGAUAAGUUCGUCGACCUGGCCCGCCAGCUGAUCGUCACCGUACACAGAUUACUCAGAAACACAUUAUCUUCGUGGAAGGACCUCAAAAACGAUAUCAGUCGUAACGCCAAGGUGUUGGAGAACUUGAAUAUCGUUCUCUACACCUAUCCUGAGAUCUUCUUGGCUGAUAGCGACGACGAUAACGAAUCGAUCAUCACUCGGAUGCGACUGCACCUCACAGCGCUGUUGUUCUACGACUUAGUGUGGUGCGUCCACGAAGCCAGGCGGCGUACGGUAUUGGAGAAGGAAGGUAAACCGGUGCCUAAAGCCAAAUGCGACCGCAAACUCGCGCCGUUGCCGUUCUACAAUCAGAUCACGAAGGACGACUUCAAGACGUUGAUGACCACCACCCCGAACGGCACCACCAUCACCACGUUGAUCCCCACCGACCAGGCAAUGACUCAGGCUCGAGUAAACGCUGAGGGUAACAACAAGCCGUUGGAGAUCAACGGGAUCCCCUUGGCCAUGCUUGAAGCCACGGGGCUGAUGCACGACGGCCACAAGGACGGCAACGGCACCCUCGCCACGCCUGUGCCGCAAAUGGCCUCGGCGGCAGCAGCUGCAGCCGCACCUACACCGCCACCGCCAAUUAAAUCGGAAACGGACUGGGACGGGAACCAGCAGCAACAGCCGUUUGACCCCGCUCCCCCGCAGGCGCCGCUGGUGCUUGGGCCUGACGUCCAGGGCCUCCCGCUGAUGGAGUACCCGGGGGUGGCCGACCAGAUGGACAAUUUUUUCCAGCAACAGCUGAACGGGUGGUUGGAGAACAUGAGCCAGGAGGACGACUUUUUGGGGUGGUUCGACUUGAACUUGCUUCCGGAAAAGCAGUAG